UCGAUCGAUCGGCCGGAGCUGCGGAUCUAGAAAAUGCAAAGCGCGCAGGAUGGAGGUGGGAUUCGAUUGUCGCCGUGGAUCCGGGAGAGCGCGACGAUGUUUGCGCUCGCGGGAUCUAGCAAUAUGUGUGGAUCGGCAGUGACGAAUCCUGUCAACGUUGUUAAGGUGCGAAUGCAGCUGGAUGGAGCGCUGUCCGCGACUCAGGAAAGACACUAUCAGGGACUCCUGAAAGGAAUCGUGCGUGUGUCCAAGGAAGAAGGCAUCUCGGGGCUAUGGCGAGGCACUGGAGCGGCUCUUUUGAGAGAAGCCUCGUAUUCCAGCAUUCGAAUGGGACUCUAUGAGCCACUCAAGAGGAUGCUUGGAGCUGAUAAUCCAUCACACACGCCUUUGUGGAUAAAAAUCACUGCCGGAUCUCUUGCAGGUGUAAUUGGUAGCGCUGUCGCAAAUCCUACCGAUGUUGUUAUGGUUCGUAUGCAAGCUCCGACUUCAUCUCAAGGUGGAUGGCACUACAAAGGCCCUCUCCAUGCCUUUUCAUCGAUUGCCAGGACCGAAGGCAUCCAAGGACUAUACAGAGGCGUGGUUCCGACAAUGCAACGAGCCGCGAUCUUAAACGCCGUCCAAGUCCCGGCUUACGAUCACACCAAGCACACACUGCUCAACGCAGGCAUUGUCCGGGAAGGUAUAGUCUGCCAUUUGAUCUCGUCAAUGGUGGCGGGACUAGCAACAGCCAUAGCCAUCUCUCCAGUCGAUCUCAUAAGAACAAGGAUCAUGCAGCAGGCUGUGGAUUCGAAGGGCGACGGCGUGUUCUACUCGUCCUCUUUGGAUUGCUUGUGGAAGACUGUGAAGGUGGAAGGCUUUCGCGGGCUAUACAAAGGCUUCGUUCCGGUGUGGAUGCGAAUAGGACCCCACACCGUUAUCACCUUCUUUUGCUUUGAGCAAUUGAGAAGAGUUCUUGGAAUCAAACCAUUGUGAAUUGAUCAAAGAUUCUCCACUCCCGGCGAUAAGUCUCGAAGCUCUCUGGAGAAUCCGUGAAAACUCCAUCCACUUCCAGCGUGUUUACAAACAUGUCAUACUCGCGAUAAGGAUCUUGGUGGUAAUCAAACGGGAGGAGGAGGUUGCGCUCGUGAUUAAACGUCCAGGGAUGAACUUCGAGGCCUCUAGCGUGAGCUUUGUCAACCAGGUCGGUCACUGGUAAGAGUUUAUUGUUGGAGUCCACGGGGGCGAUAGCUUCUUUAGCUGGUCCGAUUCCAACAACGAUCUUACUAAUGUAAUCCAGGUAGUCAUCGGAGAUUAUCUCUUCAUACGUCUGGAAAAAUGCAGAAAUUGUAAGUUUUACGCCAGUAGAAAUGUAAGUUCAAAAAAAAUAAAAAAAACACUUACCUGUUUA